CAUGACGCACUCAUGCACGCACUGAGCGGAAAAUCAUAAGUGUACCACACGAGCCAACCUCACUGAGCUCUCACAUCCAGGGUUCAUAGAGAACAUAUGAGCUGUUCUACCGCGCUUCAUUUACUGCUGCUGUGUGAGAACUGCGGUCCUGGAGGGACAGAGGAGAAGUAACGGGGAGAACUACACGGAUUUACGGACUGUCCGCUCCUGUACUGAAACUGGACAGCCAUGGGAGCUGUUCUGGGGGCCUUUUCCUUCGCAAGCUGGUUGCCGUGCCUCUGCAGCAGUGCAACCUGCCUGACGUGCAGCUGCUGUCCAAGCAGCAGGAACUCCACGGUGACCAGGGUCAUCUACGCCUUCAUCUUGCUGCUGGGGACCAUCGUCGCCUGCAUCAUGCUGUCGCCGGGUGUAGAUCAACAGCUGAAAAGGGUUCCAGGCUUCUGUGAAGAUGGGGCUGGUCCUUCUAUCCCCGGCCUGCAGGCCGGUGUCAACUGUGAAAUGUUUGUGGGCUACAAGGCAGUGUAUCGCGUCUGCUUCGGCAUGAGCAUGUGGUUUCUGGGCUUUUCCAUUCUUAUGAUUAACAUCAAGAACAGCAGAGACACCCGUGCUGCCAUCCACAAUGGAUUUUGGUUCUUUAAGUUUUCUGCCUUGGUGGCAGUGACAGUCGGUGCCUUUUACAUUCCAGAUGGGCCUUUUAAUUACACAUGGUUUAUCAUUGGCUCCGGCGGAGCUUUCUUUUUCAUUCUGAUCCAGCUGGUGCUGCUGGUGGACUUUGCCCACUCCUGGAACGAGUCCUGGCUGGACAAGAUGGAGACUGGCAACUCCAGGGGCUGGUAUGCAGCUUUGUUGGUGGUCACAAUCCUCAACUACAUCCUGUCAUUUACUGCUGUGGUGCUGUUCUUCGUCUUCUACACCAAGCCUGAUGGAUGCUUCAUCAACAAGUUCUUCAUCAGCUUCAACGUGUUGUUCUGCAUGGUGGCCUCUGUUAUCUCUGUGCUGCAUAAAGUACAGGAGUCUCAGCCACGUUCAGGUCUUCUACAGUCCUCCAUCAUCACGUUGUACACCAUGUUUCUGACGUGGUCUGCCAUGACCAACGAGCCUGACCGAGAAUGCAACCCCAGCCUGCUGAGUAUCUUCCAACAGAUUGCAGUCCCCACACUGGCCCCUCUGGAGAUGGAGAACCAGACAGCUGUGGUGAUCAUCGGCACAGAGGAACCUGUCCUGACGUCCCCGUACCUACAGUGGUGGGACGCUCAGAGCAUUGUGGGGCUUGCCAUAUUUGUCCUGUGCAUCCUUUACUCGAGCAUUCGUUCGUCCAGCACCAGCCAGGUGAACAAGCUGACCAUGGCCUCCAAAGACUCGGCCAUCCUGGCUGAGGGCGGCAGCAGCCCCGACCUCUCAGAGGAGUCAACAGGACCCAGGCGGGUGGAGGACAACGAGCGGGACAUGGUCCAGUACAGCUACUCCUUCUUCCACUUCAUGCUCUUCCUGGCCUCGCUCUACAUUAUGAUGACCCUCACCAACUGGUACAGCCCUGACGCAGACUACACCGUCACCAGCAAGUGGCCAGCAGUGUGGGUAAAGAUCACCUCCAGCUGGGUGUGUUUGGCCCUGUACAUCUGGACCCUGGUGGCCCCCAUGAUCCUCACCAACCGAGACUUCAGCUGAUCAGCAACACCAUGUGUGGCUCCACGUUGUCCUCUCUUUUUACACAAUCUCCAACCACAUUGCCUACAUCUCACUUUCACAGUGUACUCACGUUUUAUACUUUUAGCUCAUUUCAUCAUUUCUGCUUUUAUUCGGUUAAAAGUUGGGUUUGGUUUCAGAGGUGCCAAAACAGCUGCUUCAGGUAUGUCCUGUAGUGGUUUCAUACCAGUGGGUAGCAGCUGCUCAUUAACUGGACAUCCGACGACAAUCACAUAUUUCCUAUUGAAGCACAUCAUGAAGAAAAACACUCCAUUUGUUUUUUAUGUGAGUUGUAUAUCAGAUUAAUCUAAAUUCAUUUCUGCUGUAACUACAACAGAUGUCAGAUUUAAUCAGAUUAUUUCCCAUUGCUUUAAAAUAUGAAUGCUCUAUAAAUUUCAGCAUUAAUAAUGAGGGUUGGUUUAUGAGGUUUGCUGUGUACAGUAAUGAGCUUGUAUAGUUUGCUGCUAUGCCUUCCAAUGCCUUAUAUGUCUGUCCAGUUUUUCAGAUAUGUGACUAUACUGAGAGUAAGAAGAAGUACAUAACUGUAGUAAACUAUUGCUGAUAAACAUAAUACAUUCCUGCAAUAUGACUCAAUCAAGUUUCUGCCAAAUAUUUAUGGACCAAUGUAAAGGUGUCUUUGAGAUGUUUCAGGUUGUAAAAUAAAUCCUUACAGUGACAGAACGGCACUCAGAUCCAGUCAAUAUAUUUAUUUAAAGCUGACAUAUGGGUGAUUGUAUUAUUUUCUGUGCAUCGUUGUAUGACUCCAAAUAGUACGGAAUAGCUUUAAUAUUUAUUGUGAUUUUAUGUUUUUUCAAUGCAUAAAAUAAGUUGUAAGAAAUGUCAGUGUAAAUUGAAUGGUGGAAUGUGUUGAAGAAUGAUUUAUGAGAUGAACACUGACCAAAUGCCUUGUAAGCCAAAGUGAUUGACUGUACAGUAGUUAGUAUGUGAGUUCUCAGUAGUGCUGCUGCAGUUUCUGUUAAACUGCUCACACCUGAUUUCAGUGAGAUUCAAUGUGCAAAACUCUUUCAGUCGAUAACUCAUUCAAACAGAGAAAGCAGUGUCUGUUUCCUCGUGUUCGGAUUGUACAAACAGCAGAAGAUUUGAUUCUAAUAGCAUCAUUAGGAACAAUACAUUAGACCACAAUUUACAAAACAUAAACUUUAAACAAAAAAAGAAAUGCAUUGUCCAGUAAUACGCUUUUGAGCACUGCCAAUAUGAGAUGUCUAUUUUGAAAUAUAUCAAUUGAUAUUUGGUUUUAUAUUUGUUGUGAGUGGCCUGUAAAUGUUAGAAUUUAGCUAAUGUCUGUACACUGAAACUGUUGUGACCAACAGCGACCGUGCAAAUACUGUAAAAGAAUAAAGGCACAUUUACAACCAAGCUUGUCGUAAUUUAAUCUGCUGUCCCUGUCUCAUGAGGCUGUGAUGGCAAUUUGUUUAAUAAAGCAUACAAAGUA